UUUAUAAAGAGGACUAGAGGCUGGAUAGUGACAGGAAUUGGAAGUAAAAGAGUCCCUGUCUAGCCCUGCUCCCCUAACCUCCCAGAAAUCUCAGGGCAGAGGACACAGACAGCCUCUGGAGCUCCUGCCUGGUGGGGCCAUGAACUGGCAGCUGCUGUGGCUGGGCUGCUUACUCCCCAUGACAGUCUCACGCCAGGCCCUGGGGCCUGCAGAGAAAGAAGCAGCAGUGGAUUACCUACUGCAGUAUGGGUACCUACAGAAGCCUCUAGAAGGACCUGAUGACCUCAGGCCAGAAGAAAUCACAGAAGCUCUGAGGACUUUUCAGGAAGCAUCUGAGCUGCCAGUCUCAGGUCAGCUGGACGAUGCCACAAGGGUCCGCAUGAGGCAGCCCCGCUGUGGUCUGGAGGACCCCUUCAACCAGAAGACCCUUAAAUACCUGCUGCUCGGACGCUGGAGGAAGAAGCACCUGACCUUCCGCAUCUUGAACCUGCCUUCCACCCUCCCAGCCCACACAGCUAGGGCAGCCCUGCUUCAAGCCUUCCAGUACUGGAGCAACACGGCCCCCCUGACCUUCCAGGAAGUGCGGGCUGGCCGGGCAGACAUCCGUCUCUCCUUCCAUGGCCGUGACAGCCUGUACUGCUCCAAAACCUUUGAUGGGCCAGGGAGGGUCCUGGCUCAUGCAGACAUCCCAGAGCUGGGCAGCGUGCACUUUGAUGAGGAUGAGCACUGGACUGAGGGGACCUACAGAGGGGUGAACCUGCGCAUCAUUGCAGCCCAUGAACUGGGCCAUGCCCUGGGGCUUGGGCACUCCCGAUAUACCCAGGCCCUCAUGGCUCCUGUCUACGCUGGCUACAGGCCCCACUUCAAGCUGCACCCGGAUGAUGUGGCAGGGAUCCAGGCUCUCUACGGCAAGAAGAGCCCGGAGACAGGGGAUGAGGAAGUAGAAGAGUUGGAGCUGCCCACUGUGCUCCCAGUGCCCACUGAGCCCAGCCCCAUGCCGGACCCCUGCAGUGGUGAACUGGAUGCCAUGAUGCUGGGGCCCCGUGGAAAGACCUAUGCCUUCAAGGGGGACUACGUGUGGACCGUGACAGAUUCAGGGCUGGGUCCCUUGUUCCGAGUGUCUGCCCUUUGGGAGGGGCUCCCAGGAAACCUGGAUGCUGCUGUCUACUCUCCUCGAACACAAUGGAUUCACUUCUUCAAGGGAGACAAGGUAUGGCGCUACGUUAAUUUCAAGAUGUCUCCUGGCUUCCCCAAGAAGCUGAGUAGGGUAGAACCCAACCUGGAUGCAGCUCUCUAUUGGCCUCUCAAUCAAAAGGUGUUCCUCUUUAAGGGUUCCGGGUAUUGGCAGUGGGACGAGUUGGCCCGAACUGACUUCAGCCGCUACCCCAAACCUAUCAAGGGGUUGUUCACGGGAGUGCCCGUCCAGCCCUCGGCUGCUAUGAGUUGGCGGGAUGGCCGCGUCUACUUCUUCAAGGGCAAACACUACUGGCGUCUCAACCGACAGCUUCGACUAGAGAAAGGCUAUCCCAGGGAUAUCGCCCAGAAUUGGAUGCACUGUCGUUCCCAGACCCCAGAUACUACCCCAUCGGGUGGGGACACCACUGCUUCAGCUACAGGCAAAAGCUUGGAUACUAUUCCCUCACCCAUAGAUACCAUCUUGAACACUGACCGUGCCCCCACAGACACAAUCUUGGACAGUUCCACUUCAGCCAGAGGCACCACCCUAUAAUUUCCUGGUAAUGUCACCCCCUCAGUGGCCUAAUGCCUGAGUCAAAUGUCUGCUCACUAGGAUUAUGCAGGUGCUGCAGCAGGGACAGUCCCAUGGGACAUAGACCGUGGGCCUCUGAAGAUCCCCAGCUCUAGCUACCACUCUCCUAUGUCCUCUCCCUCCUGGGCAAUGCCUCCCUGACUCUGGGUCGACCCUAUCUGUUUCCUCCCUGUUUUAGAAAGCACUUCCAACUGCAUCAUAUACUGACUGGAGGUCAGUGGUGGAGGGAAGGUGUCAAUCAGGUCUUUAGCCAACAGAAGGCUGGAUACCUGGGUCCUAUUCUUCCUAGAUACAGUACAAAACAAUAGCUUGGCCAGUAAAAUGAGCAAGGGCUUUGGAAUUCUUGAGGAUCACCGUUACUUCUUUAUGACUUUGGGCAAGUUAACCAACCUCUUUGAGCCCUGGAUUCCUCAUUUGCAAAAUAGGGUUUGUUGUAUUAAAGGAGAUACUAUAUGUGAAGUGCCUGACACAGUGUUUGGCACAUUUGUGCUUAAUAAAGGCUAACUCCAUGUUCUUAAGA